AUGGCAUCAAUCAACUCUGGAGUCGGAAAGACCGUACUUGUUACUGGCGGAUCUGGAUACGUAGCUGCUGAAGUCCUCAACUCCUUUCUCAUCCGUGGAUACAAUGUCAAGACCACCGUUCGCAACGAAGCAUCAGCCGAGAAGAUCAAAAAGUCUCAUGCCAAAUACCUAGAUCAACUUUCAUUUGCCAUAGUGAAAGAUCUUCAACUGCCUGGAGGUCAUGAUGAAGCAGUUAAAGGGGUCGAUGGUGUCAUCCACACAGCUUCCCCUUUCGUCUUGCAAGUCGAAGACAACGCUCGAGACCUUCUCGAACCCGCCGUGAACGGCACCCUAGAAGUGUUAAAAUCCGUGCAAAAGAACAACCCAGCCGUCAAACGCGUAGUGAUCACCUCGUCCUUCGCAGCAAUCAUAGACAUCUUCCAAGGCCCGCGUCCAGGCUACACUUACACCGAAAAAGACUGGAACCCCACCACCUACGACGUGGCCGCCAACCCUUCAACCCCCGGCGGAGUAUCCUACUGUGCAUCCAAAUCCUUCGCCGAAAAAGCAGCCUUCGACUACGUCGCUGAACACAACCCAAAUUUCACCAUCACAGCCCUCAACCCACCAAUGGUCUAUGGACCCAGCAGCGUCCUCUUCCCAGGUUUUGAUAAACUCAACACCUCCUCAGCAGACAUAUACCGUCUCAUCAACGGCACCUCCUCCUCCGUGCCGGAAACCAGUUUCUUCGGCUUCGUCGACGUGCGCGACCUCGCUGAAGCACACGUUCGGGCCUACGAGUCCGAGGAUGCGGCGGGUCAGCGGUAUAUCACUUGCUCGGGGGGCUACACGUAUCAGCAGAUUUGCGAUGUCAUUCGAGCGGAGUUUCCUGGGAAGAGGGACGUGGUGCCGGAGGGGAAUGUGGGGGAGAAGUAUCCGGAUGUUUAUGUGGUGGAUAAUGGGAAGAUUAGGAGGGAGUUGGGGAUGGAGUUUAGGUCUUUGAAGACGUGUGUUGUGGAUAUGGUUGAGCAGUUUAUUGAGUAUGAGAAGGCGUGA